CGAAUAUUUAAAAAUGGUGUCAGGUAUCCCGGAUUUAUCAAUAUCAGAAUAUCAGUUUAUAAAGACGAUUGGGAAAGGAUCAUACGGAGAAGUUUGGCUUUGCAGACAUAAGAUCGAUACAAAGAAGUACGUCAUUAAAAAAAUAGAUGUGACAAAAUCUUCUGAUAAGGAAAGAAAAGCAGCUAAAUUGGAAUGCCGGCUGCUCUCCGAGUUUAGACACCCAAAUAUUGUUCAAUACAAGACUUCUUUUGAAUAUCGCGGAUUCUUGUAUAUUGCAAUGGGAUUUUGUGAAGGAGGUGAUCUUUACACAAGACUUAGAAUGAGAAACGGGGUUCUUUUAUCGGAACGUGUUCUUGUUGAGUGGUUUGUUCAGCUUGUUAUUGCCUUACAGGUAUCUUUGUUCCUAAUUUUUCGAGUGAUUUUAGUAUAUGCAUGAGAGAAAUGUAUUACAUCGGGAUCUUAAAACUCGAAACAUAUUUCUCACACGAUCUAAUAUUGUCAAACUUGGAGACCUUGGAAUAGCUAGAGUGUUAGAGUCUUCUAAUUCAAUGGCUACAACCUUAAUUGGGACCCCCUACUAUAUGUCACCUGAGCUAUUUGCCAAUAAACCUUAUAAUCAUAAAUCGGAUAUAUGGGCUCUAGGUUGCGUUUUGUAUGAGAUGUCUACUCUUCGGCAUGCCUUUAAUGCUAAAUCAUUCAACGCACUAUCAUAUAAAAUUUUAAGCGGAAAGGUUCCAGAUAUGCCUACUCAAUAUAGUCCAGAACUUCUUGAACUGAUGCGUGCAAUGUUGCACUUGAAACCAGAGAAACGUCCAUCAGCGAGACGCGUUUUAUCUAAUUCAUUCAUAAGGAAACAUAUUGUUCUAUUUCUGGAAGCAACUAAAGAUCGCGCAAAUCACUCCCGAAACCAUUCAACCAUUGAAGAUAAAGUACAAAACGUCAAUCAACAUGAAGAAUGCAAAACUGGUGUUCCUUCAAUAACUAAUCAAUUAGCCAAUGAAAAAAAAAUGAGCAAUGAGAAAAGAACAAAUCAAAUAGAACAGCAACCAGUUAUCAUACAUAAUGAAGAAAACUGUGAAAGAAAUUCACAGUCAUUAUUAAAGCAAACCUUGUCUACUGACCGAAAUGAUAAAGGUUUUACAAACUCACCAAUAGAUGAAUCAAAAGUUGAUUUUUCAAUCAACAAUGUACCAAAAGAGUUAAAUCAAAGUAUUAAGAUAUCUUUAAAUGCAUAUGGACAACAUGAAAAACAGAAUAAUGAAAGUAUUGUUAAUUGUAUUGAUGAAGUUAAAGAUGAUUCACUUCAUAGACGUUUAUCAGAUGCUCGAUUACGUCGUCGUCAACGUCGUCGAAUGUCGAAUGAAGUUGAAGGCAAACAACAAUAUAAUCAUCAACAAUUUAAACAUGAAUCUUAUAAAGAACAUAUUGAACCUAUCAAAUCAUCAAAAUCAAUUCAUGAAAAAUCUGAUAGUAACAAUUUUAAUUUAAAAUUACAGAAAAUUUCAAAAUUUCAUUUUUAUUCAUUUUCUAUAUUACCAGUAUCCAAGUUACCUAAAUUAUAUAAGAAUAAUAAUCAAAUGGAAAAUAAUUCAAUAACUAAUACAAUAAUAAAACAUCAUUCAUUCAAUCAUAAUGAUGAAAUAAUGAUAAAUAAUCAAAAUAUUGAAAAAUCAUUUAUUAAUCCAAUUAUUAAUUGUAGUAUGAAUUCAACACCUCUCAUAACAAUUUGUUCAUCAUCAGGUAGUGAUCAAAUAAAUAAGAACGUCCUAGAAUGUAAAUCGAAUUCUAUAUCACAAAUGAAUCAAAUUAAUUCUAAUGAAAUUAAAAAUACAGAACCUUUGAAUAAGAUUUCAUCAAGUAAUCAAUUUGGAGAUAACUUCAGAAAAGAAAAUUUGUAUAAUAAUAUACAGGCAUAUUCUACAGAAGAAGAUAAUAGAGAAAAUGAUAUUAAUAAUCAAUUAGUACAUCAAAAUGAUGAUAAAGAAAUUGAAGCUGUUGUCAAUUGUUUAGCGGAUACUUUAAAAGAUGGUUGUCAUCCUGGUGCACCUGCUAUAAUUCCACGUUGUAAAACUGGUAACAAAAUGCCAACUGUUUUUGCUAAUUCGAACAAUUGUGUAAGUAAAGAUCAAAAGUUGUUAUUCAAGCCUAAUUUAGAGGAUAAUGGACCAAUUGAACCAAAAGAAGAAACAAUCAAUCGAUCUGUACAUUUAAAACAACAUUUUAUAGAAUUACAAAGAGAGUGUAUAAAGAAUGUGGGUUUGAAGAAGUUACACGAAGCUUAUGAAGUUCUUGAUCAAGAUUUAUCUUCAGAAUCUCAAGAGAUAUUAUUAAAGAAAAUACUUGGCAUAGAUAUUUAUUCACAAUAUAUGAGUAAAAUUUGGCAGCUUAAACUUCUUGAACAAAAUACAUUUGAAAAAGAGUCAGCCAGUUAA